UCCACUCUUGCUGAGCAAAUUUGACAAACGCAAGCUGAAGCUGACAUCGUCCGAUCGGUGACGGACUUUUUGGGGAUGACCGAAAUCAUACCGGCUGCAAGACCCCACCAUCGGUAUUUUCCCCAACCCGCCUCGGUCCCGAGUCUGCCACCCUGCCCGACCAAUCCCCCUAAGCUUUCCUACGUCAGCUUCAGCAUUCUUCUUAAACUACCGUCGCCCUGCAGCAUUGCAUGGCGUAGCUCAGCUAGAAGGUGUUUUGUUUACAUCAUUUUGCAUCAAUGCACACCUGCAUAUCGUCUCUACACAUAUCAUCCUGAGUCAAUUGAAGAAUGGCAUCAGUAACAUUACGCCGUGUUCGACCGGCGACCAUCGCGGCUACCGUUGCAGCUGGGGGCAUUGGCCUGGCGGCGUACUCGAGGCUGUUUGUGAACAGCGCUUCUGCCGAGUCUGGAGCGCCGCCAAGGGUAUUUGGGGCGGGGCCUGCGUUCGUGUCGCUUGCGUUGGAGAGCUCGGAGGAUGUCAAUCACAACACCAGGCGAUUGCGGUUCAAGUUACCACAGAGGGAGGCAGUCAGCGGUCUUUCAUUGACAUCUGCCGUCCUGACCAUGUCAUGGCCCGAGGGCAGGUGGCUUCCCGUCGCGAGGCCUUACACGCCCGUGCAACCUCUCGAUGACACCGGCUACCUCGAGCUCAUGGUGAAGAAGUAUCCAGACGGCAAGCAGAGCACACACAUUCACUCCCUCACACCAGGCCAAAAGCUCCUCUUCGCCCUCGCAAUCAAAGGCCACCAAUGGAAACCAAAUAGCUACAGCCACAUCACCCUCAUCGCCGGCGGCGCAGGCAUCACGCCAAUCUACCAGCUCGCGCAGGGCAUUCUCCGCAACCCAGAAGACAAGACGGCCAUCACGCUCGUCUUUGGCGUCAACUCGGACCAGGACGUGCUACUCAAGCAGGAAUUUGAGCAAUUCGAGAAGGAGUUCCCCGGCAGGUUCAAGGCUGUAUACACGGUCAGCAAUCCUGUUGCGAAUUCACCGUAUCAGAAGGGGUAUGUGACGAAGCAGUUGCUGGAGGAGGUCGGGGUUGCGCCGCAGAAGGAGGAGGAUACAAAGGUGUUUGUGUGCGGGCCGCCGGCGAUGGAGGCGGCUCUGGUGGGGAAGAGGAGUGCGCCGGGGGUGUUGCAACAGUUGGGGUAUCGGAAGGAUCAGAUUCACCAGUUCUAGAGUGUCAAUUCGAGGGUUACCUGGAUGUACGUUAUAGAGGACGCGGAGAGAGAUUGAAAUGAUCGAUUCCUUUCAAAUUUCGGGAUUUUGGCGCGAGAACAGAAAGACAAAACUACAGAGCUUGCCUGGGAGCUUAGAAUCGCUGCGACUCUCGGGAGAAACUUCAUGAGGAGAAGGCUACCAGAUCCCCAAGCCAGGGAGCUUUCUCCAACAAUUCAAAUGACCCGCCUUGCUAGCUCAAUCGGUAGAGCGUGAGACUCUUAAUCUCAAGGUUGCGGGUUCGACCCCCGCGUGAGGCU